CAGUGCUGGGAGCUGUGAGCGCUGCUGAGGAGCGCCGUUGAGUGGCACUGGGUAAGUGCCCCACCCACAAACACCCACCACAAGAGAAUUUCGACCAAAAUCAAGGGCAAGCCAUUUCUGGAUUCAGCGAGCUAUCGCCCCGACUCCCUCCACGCAACUGCGCGCUCGUGGAUUCUGCGGUCGAAUUGCGUCGCUGGCACCACCGAGAUAUCCCAACCGAUCAGCAUCUCCUGCUCUCUUGAAUCCUUGCGCAACCAGCCAUGGCGGAACCAGCACCCGGGUUGUCGCCGCUCGUCGACCUGAUCAACUCGCUGCCCGACCCCGACGGCACCUGGGGCCCGCCCGUCACGACCGAGACGACCCUCAAUGGCGUCCCCUACGCCCCGUUCUCCAAGAGCGACAAGCUCGGCCGCAUGGCCGACUGGACCGAUUCCAAGGACGGCAGGGACGGCCGUGGCAGGCAACAGUACAACCGGAACUACCGUGAUCAGCAAGUCUACGGUGCCGGCUCUGCCUCGCUCUUUGCCGCCCCCAUGGCGGAGGACGAGGCCUCAUUCUCGGUCGUCUCCAACGUGAGGGACACGGGCAAGGCCCGCUUCGGGCGAGGCGCCGUCUUCACCCGCGGCCGCGGCCAGCGUGGCGGCGCUCGCCAGGACGCCAGGGCCGGCGGCCGCCAGCAGCUCCAGCGUCAGGGGCGCGCUGGGCAGCAGUAUGGCAGCGGCUACGACGGUCGUGGCGGCGCACGGCAGGGCGGCGGCGCGCGCGCGCGGCGCUUCGGCUGGAAGGACUACGACAAGCCGGCGCGCAGCCGUGACGCGUCGAUCAACAUCAAGCCCGACUGGAAGCUCCUCGAGGAGAUCGACUUUAACCGUCUCAGCAAGCUCAACCUGGACGCGGACGACGGCGAGGACAUCGACAGCUACGGCUUCCUGUACUACUACGACCGCUCGUUCGACAAGCAGCCGGUCAAGAGCGCCGAGCGCAAGCUGGCCGUCGUGGACCGCGCCGUGUACAACGUCACGACGUCGUCGGACCCCAUCAUCCAGGAGCUCGCCGAGAAGGACGAGGCGACCAUCUUCGCCACCGACAGCAUCCUGUCGAUGCUCAUGUGCGCGCCGCGGUCCGUCUACCCGUGGGACAUCGUCAUCCUCCGGCAGGGCAACAAGGUGUUCCUCGACAAGCGCGACAACGCGGCGCUCGACAUGGUGACGGUCAACGAGAACGCGGCCGACGCGCCGCUCGAGGCGUCGGAGGGCUCCAAGGAGAGCAUCAACCAGCCGGCCGCGCUGGCGGAGGAGGCGACGUACAUCAACCACAACUUCGCCAACCAGGUGGUGAUCGAGAGCGAGACCCAGAAGGUCGACAUGGCGCACGAGAACCCGUUCUACAGCGCGUCGCACGAGACGGAGCCGCCGGCGUCCAAGGCGUACAAGUACCGGCGCUUCGACCUGUCGACGAGCGAGGAGGACCCGACGUACCUGAUCGUGCGCACCGAGCUGGACGCGGUGCAGAAGAACGCCAUCAGCGGCGAGGACCAGUUUGUCACCGUGCACGCGCUCAACGAGUUCGACAACAAGGCGCAGGGCAGCGGCGGCGCGCUCGACUGGCGGACCAAGCUGGUGACGCAGCGCGGCGCCGUCGUGGCCACCGAGAUGAAGAACAACAGCUGCAAGCUGGCGCGCUGGACGGUGCAGAGCAUCCUGGCCAAGGCCGAUGUCAUGAAGCUGGGCUUCGUGUCCCGCGUGUCGCCCAAGGUGAACGACAAGCACGUCAUCCUCGGCGUCGUCGGCUGGAAGCCGCGCGACUUCGCCAGCCAGAUGAACCUGCAGCUGUCCAACGGCUGGGGCAUCGUGCGCACCAUCGCCGACAUGUGCCUGCAGCGCGACGAGGGCAAGUACGUGCUCGUCAAGGACCCCAACAAGAGCAUCCUGCGCCUGUACGAGGUCCCGGCCGGCGGCCUGGACGAGGACGACGAGGUUGCCGAGGGUGAGCAGGAGGCUGAGGCGGACGCGGAGGCGGAGGCCGAGGAGUAAACAUACUUGCUCAACAAGAGCAGUCAAAGUAGACGGUCUGAGAGAGUGGGCAGCAGGUGGUCGAAACUGGGGCCGGAAAAAAGCGCAAUAGAAUGAAAAUGGGUCAGCGGUUUUCGUCCGCAUCGGGUCCGACGCUGUUAAGCGCGGGUUGAUGAAUUGAGUUUGAUCUACUGUCGCUUCCCAUCUUGACGGUGCUCCCGUCCUCUGGACUUGCCCUGAAUUCGGCUGGAGGUAAUGAAUUCUGCCCAUGGUGCAUUCACUCCUGUAAAUUUGUUCCACGUGACAGCGCGCGCUCAGGG